UUAUGAAGAAUUCCAAACGUAUCUUUCUAAAAGUGUUGUGGAAAGUGAUGAUAAUGCCGAAGUAGAAUGCAACAAUAAUUCUCCAGUAGAAUGUAAUGUUAACUUUGCAGAAGAAUAUGUUGAAAACUUCACGGAAUUUGUUGUUGACCAAAAUUUUUAUGCAGAAUCAAUACAAGAAAGUACAGGAUCAUCAGAUACUAUUCAUAAAAAUACUAUUAAUAUUAACGUUGGAGACACUUUUUAUUCUUGGGAAAUUGCGGAAACUCAUCUUAAUCAAUAUGCAAGUUUUUCAAGAGUGUCAAUUCCAAAUCAAGUAAUUGAUCCAAUACAACAAUGUCAACGGCCAUCUAGAAAAAUUGGGCAGUAUAAUCAUCCUAUGGUAUCUGAUUUAGCUUUGCAUACACCCAAAUACCGCAGACUAUCAAAUGAAAUAAUGGAGCAAAUUAAGUUUUAUGUCACCAAGAGGAACAUGGAAUCAAAACAAAUAUAUCCCUUGCUAUCUGCAAGUUUCCCAAAUCAAAUAAUAUGCAAGCGAGAUCUUUAUAAUACAAUUCAGAAAUUUAAGGCCCCUUUUGUAAAAUGUCAAGGAGAUGCUCAGCAUAUAGUUAAUAAGUUAAUUGAUUUGCAAAAAAAGGAAGCAGGCUGG